AUGUCGCAAUCCACACGCACCACUUUGCCCUCCUCAAACCACACGGAGGAGAAAACCAAUACUAUGUGCACCGGUGAGAAUGCAAUCAAGGAAUCCGGUCGGAGCUUGCUGCCACAAAGCCGUGGUGAUCCCAAAACCGGGAUCCCGCGUCGCCGCUAUGCUGACGAGCAGGACGCGCCGAAUAUGGAUGAAAUGGCCGGAUACAUCAUGGACAAGACAUUGAAAUUCAACCUCAUGAAGUGGUUGAAAGAGCAACUACGCGAGGAGAAAUGCAAAAGGAGAGAACAGAAGAGGGAACUAGAUAGUCGACCUUCGUCCGCCGCCCCAGCAAACAAAGAUAAACUACCAAGCGCCACUCCCGCAAGCCGGGAAACCGACGCAGUGCCGUUCCCGAGGAACGAUGGCGGUAAAUGUGCAGUAGGUGUUCACCCUCCCAAGGUCAUCACACCGAGUCCGAAGGAUCUCGGAGAGGAUUGCGGAGGCGAUAAGGAUUUCGCCGGUCGAAAGAACAAUGCAGAAGACGAUCCGCCGGAUUCCGAAAGUCGAGAACUUCAAAUGAGCGAGGCGGAAGCUUAG